UUCCCCUAUCAACCCUCAGAACCCCUCCCCUCCCCCCCCCCCCCCCUCCCCCGAAAACCUCCGCCCGCCAUGGCGACCGCCGCCCAGGCCGCCGCCGCGGCGUUCCUCUCCUUCCUCUCCUCCUCCCCGCCGCACCACACCGCGCCCUCAUCCUCCGUCUCCUUCCUGGCAGCCCGUGUGCUGCCCGCCUCCCUCAGGGCCGCUGCCGCGGGGUCCCCAACUUCCGCCUCCCGCUCCCGGGGCCGAGGUGUCGCGGCCGUCGUCGCUCAGCUCCCCACCGCGAAUCCAGAGGUGGCUUCUGGGGAGAAGAAGAUCCGGUGGUCAUCACGAGCGGUGAGGUCAUUUGCAAUGGCGGAGCUGGAGGCUCGGAAGAUGAGGUACCCAACCACUGGCACUGAAGGACUCCUCAUGGGCAUCCUUGUCGAGGGAACUAGUGAUGCAGCAAAACUUUUGCGUGCUAAUGGAAUUACGCUGCUCAAAGUGCGCGAGGAGGCAGCAAAUGUGCUUGGGAAAUCAGAAAUGUUCUACUUUAGUCCUAUGCACCCACCAUUGACUGAAGCUGCACAACGAGCGCUUGAUUGGGCUAUCAAUGAAAAACUGAAAUCAGGUGAAGAUGGAGAAGUAACCGCCAAUCAUCUGCUCCUGGGGAUAUGGUCAGAUAAAGAGUCAGCUGGUCAUAAAGUAUUGGCUUCCCUUGGUUUUGAUGAUGAGAGAGCCAAUUCACUGGCCAAAACGGCUGGUGAAGAGGCUGCUAUGAGUCCUAGAUAGCAAAAGGAGCCUUAUAGUUUACUACUGAACUUCCCUGUGAUGCAAUGUGCUUGCGUUUGGAACCUCAAGUAACUUCUUGGCGACUCCAGUAUCAUGGCCCACGCAUUAAGUUAACUUGAAGAGAUUGCUUCUACAAGUUUUAGGGCUUUAUUAAGAUUGUUAGACUGAAUGCAAUAUGUCAGACUCCCCUAUUGCCCAUACCUGUAAAAGCAGUGCAAUGUAUUUUCAAAAUGAGCAUUUCUGUUGCUUGCUCAGCUGGAUUGGUGCAAUUCUAUUAAAAGAUCCUUUUGAAAGAUAAAGAUUUUGAACGGGUUCAGAGCUAA